AUGGAAGACAUAUUGAUUCCAAACAUCCCCAGAAUCGCGCGCCUCACCAGAAAAACCAUCGAUAGGUUCGUUUCCUUGACCGAAGCCAUUUCUGACACAGAUGAGGGUUUCAGAUGCUUUGUAAAUACUUCGAUGUUGGCUGUUUGUCGUACUGUCAUGAUGGAGAUGGCUACUAAAACACUCGAUUUUGAUGGCCUAUUUGACAUAUUGGAGAAAGUAACUUUGGCACUUGUAUCCGACGGUCUGUCAUGCCCUUGCCGAACAGACGAGUUACCAAAACUUACCCGACUACAGAAAGAAGAUCUUCUGAAGUUUGAAACGUUCAACAAAGUCACAGUAAAGGAAAUGAAGACCAAGGUGACAUUGCUGAAACAUUUGAUCAAGAAACACAAGCAAAUUUUAGCAGCUGAUGAGAUAUACAGACAGGCAAGCAUUAAGUACGAGAAGAAAUUGACGGCCAUAAUGUAUCGUCUUCAUGGUCCAUCUAUCAAGCCCAGAGUGAUGUCGUCCAUACAGAGGAAGCGUGAUCAGACACAAAAAGAGUUCACCAGGAUCAGGAGUGCUCGUCUUAUCAACGGCGGUCUGGAGAAAAAGGUUAAAGACAAAAUCAAAAUGACCAGUGAUGACGUCGUGUCAUACAUCACCAAUCAGAUUGUAGAUCGACUUGACUACGGCAUCGAGCACUGCCUGUAUGACAUCAUAGACAAAAUAAAACAAGAGGAUGUUAAAGAGAGAAUGAUCAAACUGACAGCACACAUGAACAAGAAUGACAUGGCUGACCGGCUGGUCAGACAGUGUUCAGAAACUUACGUCAUGAGGGUCAAUGUUCACCCGGAGAAAGUCAAUAGCGAUCUGUGUGUGACAGACAUCUCUAGCAGUGCCGAAAGUGUUGGAGAGUCGACUAUUGUGGAGGAGAUUAAACUUGACCCAUCCACUGGGGAAAUAAAUGUAACGCUUCCGGCAUGUAGCGGAACUAGUUCAGGUGAAAUCAGCCAUGACACCGGAUACUGUACUGGCGAUGACUGGAACAAAUACGUGAUGGGAAUUGAAAUUAAGCAGACCGCUUGCGGUGAUGAGGAAGAUGUGGCGUUCGGAUAUUACAAACCUAACAGGAAGGCGGGGAAACAGUGGGGCUUCUACUUUGUGGACCCUACAUUGAGUCUGAUGGAACUCUUCUGUCGGGGUCGAGACUGA